GUAGUACCCCUACUUUUACAGUCUAUUUUACCUGCGUGACAUAUUCCGGCGGCGUACUUUUAAUAUAAUUCACGUCGUUAUCGGUGUUUUAUUGUGCCAGUGAGUUCUUCGUAAUUUUUCGCUAGUCUAUAUAAUUCAGGAUAUCUUCAUCUGAAGAGGCGGAUGCUUCUUCAAGUGGCUUAUAUUUUGCGUAACAAGAAAAAGGAAAAUAUUAUAAGGAAUACAUCAUGACAGAAAAAAAGGACAAAUACCCGUCCACAUUUACUAUAGAUAACUUUAGUUCCACAGCCACAUUAGCCAACAAUGACCAAAUCAAAGUUCCUAUUGAGAAUGGAAACAUUCAAAAAAUGGACCACAAAGUUUAUAAUCCCUACGAGCAUAGAACUAUGGAACACGCUAACAGUUUCUCCGGAGCGCUUACACAUCUGUUAAAAAGUUCUCUUGGUACCGGAAUUUUAGCCAUUCCACGAGCUUUUAGAAACGCUGGUCUUCUAGUUGGUCUAUUCGGAACCUUACUUAUAGGAUUUCUAUGUACCCACACCAUACAUAUAUUGGUCAAGGCUUCUCACAAAGUAUGUACAAGAGGUAAAAUUCCUAGUUUAGGAUUUGCAGACACAGCGGAAGAAGCAUUCAAACAAGGACCUAAACCUUUAAGGCCGUGGGCUAGAUUUGCCAAUUGCAGACAAAUUAGAAAGUUGAUAAUGGCAGAAGAGAAGAAUGGUUCGACAGCAUCAAUUAGCUAUUUUAGUUCCACGACAACAUUGGUGCAUGAUGACCACAAAGUAAUCAGUGCCAAAAUCUCUGAAUUACGUAUUGAAGAAGUAUAUGACCCAUAUCAAAAUAGAGACUUACAACAUCCAAACGGUUUUUUAGGUGCUUUCAUGCACAUAGUAAAAACAUCAUUGGGAACUGGAAUUUUGGCUAUUCCAAGAGCAUUUAAGAAUGCAGGACUGUUAGUAGGACUCUUUGGUACUUUGCUUGUGGGAAUCAUAUGCACUCAUGCCAUACACAUUUUGGUUAAGGCAUCGCAAAAAGUUUGCUCAAAAACGAAAACGCCCAGUCUUGGUUUUGCAGAUACAGCUGAGGGAGUUUUUAAAUUGGGUCCGCCAGCCUUACAUAAGUGGUCACGGUUUGCCAAGUACUUCGUAGAAGGGGGAUUAUUUUGCAUCCAUUAUUUGGCCGAUGCUGUGUAUUUAGUAAUCAUAUCGGUAUCAUUAACAAAGUUUUUUAAGGUGUACUACCCGUCUACAGAAACAUGGGACGAAUACAUUUUCAAGUUGAUUCUAUUUGUACCGUUGCUGAUAUGCGGCCAAGUAAGGCAACUGAAACAUCUAGUCCCUUUUUCCCUUAUAGCAAAUCUCAUGCUCAUUGUAACAUUUGGUAUAACCGCUUACUAUAUGUUCUCUGGGAUCAGUGAAAUCAAUAUUAAAGAUAGAUCUUUAGCAGCGGGUAUUUCUGGAAUACCUUCGUUCUUCAGUACGGUACUUUUUUCCAUGGAAGGAAUUGGAACGAUUAUGCCAGUGGAAAAUUCGAUGGUAAAACCGAAAUUUUUGGGUUGCCAUGGAGUACUGAACUCUGCAAUGAUGGUUAUCAUAAGUCUGUACGCUUCGAUAGGAUUUUUUGGAUAUUACAAAUUUGGCGAAGGGACAGAGGCUAAUCACAAAAAAUUUACCUGACGACAUACCAGCUCAAGUAGUACAAAUCGCGAUUGCCAUAGCAGUAUUUUUCUCGUACAUGUUAGUGUUCUAUGUUCCCGUUGAUAUAAUUUGGAGUAACAUAAAAGACAAAAUUCCCCAAUCAAGGCACAACAUCAGUCAGAUAAUUCUACGUAGCGUAUUAAUAACUGUUAAUGUC